AUGGAUGAUCUUAUCCAUUUUGGUAAUGAUCUUGCUAAAAUCUCUACAAUCAAAUACAAUCUUGACAUCUCUUUUAAAAUUAAGGACCUGGGUUCCCUUAAAUAUUUUCUUGGCCUUGAAAUCGCAAGAACAAAAUCUGGUAUUUUCAUUUCCCAACAUAAAUACACCCUUGAUUUGCUCACUGAUGUUGGUCUCCUGGCUACCAAACUUGUUUCGACACCAAUGAGCAGACCUUCCAUCAUCCACUAUGAUGAACCAGUUUCUAAUAUUACAACAUAUCUUCGUCUCAUUGGUCAUCUAAUUUACCUCACCACAACUCGUUCAGAUAUCACUUAUGUUGUCCAACAACUUAGUCAGCACAUGUCUUCUCCUUUAACCUCACAUCAUCAUGCAGCCAUACGGGUUCUACGCUACUUGAAGAAUCUUGGGCAAGGUUUGUUUUUCUCUGCAAAAUCUUCUCUUCAACUCAAAGUUUUUAGUGAGUCUGAUUGGGCCUCUUGUCUCUUAACUCGAUGGUGA